AACUUUUGUGUGCGGUUGCUGUAAGGCCCCGGUAUUAUCCGAGGUGGGAUACCGGCGAGUUCUCUCGUGGUUUCUAUUUCCAUCACUUGAUAUAGUUUUAUUUUGUGCUUGUAGAUGUGCAUGCGUGACAUUAGCACUUCAUGACAUAUUUAAGCGUUUGAAAGUUCUGCAGUACAUUUUUGUUUGCACGGAGUAAAGGCAAUAAUAGUCUUAACAUUGCACUUUUACAAACAGGACGUAUGGCUACCGAUUCUUGGGCACUUGCUGUGGAUGAGCAGGAGGCCGCGGCAGAAUCGUUAAGUAAUUUGCACCUGAAGGAUGAAAAGGGAAGCAACAGAACCUCAAAUGUUGCACCGAAGCCAGAAAGUACACCAAAGACGGAGAAAAAAGAAGAGCAGCAAGAAGAUGGAGUCAAAGGACAAGAAAACUCUGAAAAAGAGGAUGACGAUGAUAAAGAGGACAAAGCCGCACAAUCCUUGCUAAAUAAAUUACUACAUAGUAACCUGGUACAGACAAAAACACCAGUCGAAGUGCUGCAGAAAGAUCCCAACUCUCCGCUUUAUUCAGUGAAGUCAUUUGAAGAACUUAGAUUGAAGCCUCAACUUUUGAAGGGAGUCUAUGGAAUGGGAUUCAACAGGCCUUCUAAAAUCCAGGAGAAUGCUUUGCCUAUGAUGCUUGCAGACCCGUAAGUACUACUGC